CUGACCUAUCCAACUGAAUGGUUUCAUGAGACGUCUCGUAAUGCAACGUGCAAUAUACAAUUAAUAGUGUUGAGUUUUUAAUAUAUGCGUUGAUAUUGUAUCGAAUAUAAGGAUUUUUAAAUCAUAUAAAAGAAAUAAUAAAAAGAAAUAACAUCUUCAAAUAUAUAUUUUAGAUGGCACCAAAAAAUAAAGAAAACAAUUCUUGUAACAAAAAAAAAAGACAAGUUUCUGAAGAAGAAGAUGAUGAAGAUUAUAGAAGGCGUCGUGAUAGAAACAAUCAGGCUGUAAAACGUUCAAGAGUAAAAAGCAAAUUACGUACACAACAAACUCUGGAACGUGUAAAUCAACUUAAAAGAGAAAAUGAGUUAUUGGAGGAAAAGAUAAAAAUGCUUACAAAAGAGUUAGGCUUCCUUAAGGACCUUUUCCUUGCUCAUGCUGGUUCCAGUCAACAUUCUAUGAAUUUUCAAGACAUAGACCUGAAUGCUCUUCUAGCGGAAGAUACAAAACCUCUAGAAUUACCUAAAACAACUGCUGAGCUUUAAUUCAAACUGAUUUCCACGUGAAAGAAAUAACGUGGAUUUGAUAGAAUUUGAUCAAAAUGUACUUUAGCUCGCAUACUUCAAGCCCAAAGUUGGACAUCUUGGAAGGAUGCCAACUUCGAGUCCAUCCAAAAAAUUGUAAGAGCUGAACAACUUCAUCUAUGUUGACUGUCAAGCAGCAUUAUUAAGAAGAUUAGAUAAAUGAUAUCAGAUAAAUGUUGAUUAAAAUGUAAGAAGAAAUAAGCAUGAUAAAUGGCAUCGUAUAACAACAAGGAGGAACGUAAAGUUGAUGUAUUUAAGAUCGACACGUACAGAUUAAAUUUGGUUACAUAAAACUCGAUUGGUGGAGAAAGUUUUCUCAAUGAUUUGUCAGAGAAGAUGGAAGAAUUGCAAUAGUGGUCAUAGUUUAUCAUAUGCUUUAAAAGUUAUGUACGAGGUCUUUCUGGAAAGUAUUCGUCUUAAGAGUAUAUUUUUGUAUUUGUAUUUGUAUUUGUAUUUGUAUUAAUACAAAUUAUACAGAGACUCACAAACGUUUUGCCCUAAAUGGUAAAUACUCGUAAUAGCACACCUAGCUGCAAAGAUAUGCGGAUACUUUUUGGACAGAUCUCUUAUACAAAAUAUAAUAUUGGACAAAUUUAUAAAAGAGUAUAAUGAAAGGAUAGAGCGAAUAACGCAAAAGUAUUUACAAUUAUUUUGUUCGGAUAAAUUCUGACGAUUUUAUACUUUGAAUUUUGUGGAAUCGUUAGAUUCGUAGAAAAAUAAAAUAAAAUAAAAAAUAAAUGAACAUUCCAAUAGUAACAUGCCUUCUAUAACUUUUUAUUUAUAGAAAUUUUAAUGUAAUUGUUUUGCAAACACGUUCAUUUAUUAGAACAGAAUGCAGAUGAAACAAAUCAAUAUGUAACUCAUUAAUAAUUACGAGUUUUACCUUAUAUGUUUCAUAUGCCAAUUUGUAGUAUAGAGAGAGAGAAAGAAAGAGAGAGAGAGAGAGAGAGAGAGAGAGAGACAGUAAUUUAACAAAUUAGAUAUUAUUUAUUGUUUCAUUUUUAAAAAAUAAUAUUAGAAAAACAAAUUGUAUUCAAACUAUGAAUACUAACGAUGCUGUAUUAAGAAGUUUUUUUAACAAAAUUUAUUUUUUAAAAUAGGAUGAUGAAAAAUAAAAAUAAUAGAAAUUUAUGUAUUUUUUAUUAUUUUAGAAACAAUAAUAAAGCAUUGUAAUUAAAA